UAAGCAAAAAGUGAAACUCCGGUUUACCCCUGGUUGAGGGUUUUUUAUUUUGACAGCCAAAACAGGAAGUGCUUAUAUUAAAACACAAAAACACUUUUCGUGCACUUUUGAACUUAAGAAUGGGUACGUGGUAGGUAGGUUUUUACUGUAGUUAGCGAGCAACUUAGAAAACCUGGUAGGCAUCAAACAGACAAGCCGGACACAAAGUAUGCUCCCUCGGAGGCAGGAGUACGGCAUGAAGAGGAGCGGAGGAGCGCGGAGCGGUUCGGUUAUAAACUUCAGGUCAGCGAUGAAGUUGAGCUCCGGCCGCCGCAGCUCAGCCGUGCUGCCGUCGCUGUUAACCUUCUUGGUGAUCGUAGCAUCCGGAGGCCUGCUGCUCAUGAUAGAGAAGGGAAUGCUGAACGGCAUGGAGACGCCUUCACCCCGCGGUAACGGCAGGCAGUUAGACCUCCACCGGGGGCGCGGGGGACGCAGCCCAGACGCGGCGGACAUGGAGUCCCAGAUCCUCCAGGAGAUCCGUAACCGGACCAUCAAAACCAUGUGCAGUCAGAAGAACAUGCCCCACAGUGUGUGGUCGCUGAGCCCUCUGCAGAGGAAGACGCUGCUGCAGCAUGUCCUCGUGAACGACGAGUACCGCUUCCUCUACUGCUACGUCCCCAAAGUGGCCUGCUCCAACUGGAAGAGGGUUCUGAAGGUCCUGAGCGGAGCCUUGGAAAACGUGGAUGUCAACAUCAAGAUGGACCACCGCAGCAACCUGGUCUUCUUGUCCUCUCUGAAGCCCGAAGAGAUUCGCUACCGCCUCAAGCAUUACUUCAAGUUCAUGUUUGUGCGGGAGCCCAUGGAGCGCCUGCUUUCCGCGUACAGGAACAAGUUUGGCGAGAUCGAGUCCUACCAGAAAAAGUACGGCGCGGAGAUCAUAAAGCGUUACAGAAAGGGCCGCGCUAAGGAUGCAGCUAUAACAGGAGAUGAUGUGACUUUUGCAGAGUUUGUCCGUUACUUGCUAGACGAGGACGUGGAGCGCAUGAAUGAGCACUGGAUGCCCAUAUAUAACUUAUGCCAACCUUGUGCUGUUUCUUAUGAUUUCAUCGGGUCCUACGAGCACCUGGAAAGUGACGCGGAGUUUGUGCUCCAGCGUGUUGGAGCGCCUCCUCAUGUUCACUUUCCAGAGAGGCAAACGUGGUACAAGCCGGUCACCACGGAAACAAUACACUAUUAUUUAUGCGGCUUACCACAGAAGCUACUGAGAGAACUCCUGCCUAAGUACAUUUUAGACUUUUCUCUAUUCACAUACCCUCUCCCCAACACAACCACUGCACACUGUCGGCAUUAAAUGAGCAAUGCUUUAUAGUUGUAUUAUUUUUUAUAGAAAACCAUUUGUACUAUUUUUAAGGAACAAAUUGUAUUUUCAGAGCUGUUACACAGGUUUACUUGAUGUCUGCGUGCCUUUUAAAAGUGCUGAUUAUUGGACGAGAAAGACUUGACUUCAGAACCACUAAAGCUUGAAAUCAAAUUCAAAAGAAAAAGGUCAACCAAACCAUACGUUAUGUCAACUGUUACAGUAAUUAUAUCUGCUCAGUACACAACGAUGGAAAUAUUAAUAUGGUUGCAAGACCAAAUUCUGUUUUUAUUUGUUUCUCUAUACACUGUAGACCUUAGAAAAAAAAAAGUUCAGUGGUUUUAGUGAGCAUUCAGUGGUUUAGCAGGCUAAAACACGCACCAUGUUCUGGGAUGGUCAAGGGUUUCAUAUCAAGCUUAUUUAACGCUCAAUCACAGCCUCUGGUUGCCAGCUCCUCUCCCUCUUUGAUGUAACUGAGAUUAUUUACCAUGUAAUAAAACUGAAGUUUACCUUU